AUGGAAAGAGACUCAAACAUCAGAAAGUACACCCCGGUUCGCUUCAUGUACUCGUUUCCUCGUAUUUCGAUAUCCUUGUAUACAAACAGGGGCGCGGUUCGAAGAAAGAGACUCAAACAUCAGAAAGUACACCCCGGUUCGCUUCAUGUACUCGUUUCCUCGUAUUUCGAUAUCCUUGUAUACAAACAGGGGCGCGGUUCGAAGAAAGAGACUCAAACAUCAGAAAGUACACGCCGGUUCGCUUCAUGUACUCGUUUCCUCGUAUUCCGAUAUCCUUGUAUACAAACAGGGGCGCGGUUCGAACCUGGUAGGAAACGGCCGCCGCCACGAUCCUCGCGCCGCCUAUUUUGGCUUCGAUUCGCCUUUCGAAAAGCGCAAACGCCCUCUGGGCUUAUGCAAGAACCAGCACGGAGGCCAGUGAACCCCUUUAGAGUCCGAAGUACGAGCCUGCGUAACAAGUUCCGGGUGCUUGCUUGUUUCCUAUGUGCUGUCGUUUGCUUUGUUCUUGGACUGGCGUUGGUCGCGCGCUCACUCGCCCUGAAUCGUCGGUUUGCGCUCUGGUACCGAGGAUCGCUUCAACCGCCAUCAGCGUUUGUUUUAGCGCUUGCCCAAUCACGAAACGGUCAUUCUCACAACCAAUUCGUUUACGACUUUGCGGAUGCAGUUGAUGCUUCGAGAUCAGGUACCGCGGGGCUGAUGAAAGCCGUCCACGCUGCGUACUGGUCGCAAGACUUGUCUCAUCACACAGCGCUGCUGGAUGACGAGCAGGCGCCGCUGCUCUAUCCAAGGCGCAUAGCCACAUUUCCUGUUCGCCGCCGUGCGCUGCGACAGUCGUUCGUGGAUACUGCAAGACUGGCCUCUGGGAUGCCGGGCCCAGCGAGCGACCCAAUGGCAACCGCAAUGGACGCGACAUGGUUCGCAGACGAUGGCUGGGGUGUGGCCUCGAACCCGAACAUUAUCGCACGAGAGCAUUAUGUACAGGAGCGCUACGAUCGGAUGGCAUUGAUUGUAGUCGACCUGUGGGACACCCACUGGUGCAAGACCGCAGCAUCCAGAAUAGAGCGGUUGCUUAUUCCACCGUUGAAUCUUGCUCUCCGAGAGGCGCGGAAACGUGGCAUGCUGGUCAUCCAUGCCCCCACAGACAUCGUCGCAUUUCUAGAGCAACGAGGCAAUGCCGGAGAGCGGCGCAUGCGGGAUAACGCCCGACGCUACACGACAAGAGCUAAGCUGGACGCCCUACGUGCUACCACCAGCAUCGUGGACAUGGCGUACGAGGCGGCGAGACGCACUCGCGUCCUACCCCGGCCUGCCGGCUGCAUGUGCUCGGCGGACCCGCAAGAACGAUGCGAGGAGCAGUACGGUUGGUCGGCCCUGCACCCGCUCCUGGACGUGGAUCCCGAGAAUGAUGUUCUCGUUGCCGACGAUCUCGUGGAGCUCGUUGCUGUCCUCGAAGGACGAGGCAUUGAGCGGGUCAUUUACGUUGGCGCGCAUCUGAAUCUUUGCAUCUCGUCAGCAAAACGAAUAUCGAUGUACUCGCUGAACCAGACGUGGUCGCACGUGCGUAAAACCGACCAGUCCGUCGAUGGGAUUCUGUUCGCGCGAGACCUUGUGGAUGCGUUCACGACAUACAGGCCCGCUCAUGGACGAACGCCGGACGCUGGUCUCAGGAAUGUGAUUGCGUUUUUGGAGCGCGAUCCCGGGGGCUUCGGGUCCGUGAACCUGCUUCGCGACGUGCUCGCGCUCGAGAAGGACAAACCGAAACUCUCGAUCGCUCCAUGGGGCUCGCUUCUGGCACCACACUACUUCCUAGGUGGAUCGAGUGUCCUCGUCACAGUUGAGACGUCAAUCAUUGGGACCGGGGAUCCGGAUAUCAUGCUUGCUCCCGUUCACCAGACGAUUUCCAUUAACCAGAGCGGUGUCUAUGUUUGGCGCGAAGCUUUCGGCAUACUGCAGACAAGCCGUCUCCCAGAGAUAGACCCGUCGGACCUGGUGUACCCUGGGGUCACUGCCGGCGUCUAUCUGCGAUUGCCCGUGAGCAUGAAUAGUUGCAAGUACUGCGUUGAACUCGGAGCACUGCUCACGGGGGGAUUUCUCCGGGAAGUCGUCGCGCUGAACGCAGGCGCGAAUUGCUCGAUCGCCAAGAUCCAGGAACGCCACACGAGUCGCGCUGCAGCGCGCAGAAGCGACCUCGAUCUGCUCGAACAUAGGCCAAACAGCGGCUCCGGCUCCAGCUCCAGCUCCAACUUCAGCUCCGUAUCGCUCCCCGCGCAGUGCGCAUAUCGAGUGGACAUCCCGCGGGACGAUGUCUCAAAGGGGGAACUUUGUCUCUGCAGCAGCUGGCAACUGCGAGAUGAAGUCCUGAUCCGCCAUCGUCGCGGACGAUUGCACGCAGCCCGAACCUCAGCAGUGGUAACCGUGCUCGAUGCCGCUCGUGGCGUUGUCAUCGGACGCACACCAGUGCUCUGGCCCCGUGAUUCGCGACAAGCAUCUGAUGCGGAUGCAAAUCACACGCCCUGGCGCCUCUGUCUCCAUACACGGGAGAUACGCUCAAUCUGGAUACUCGUUCAGAGCAGAUCCGAAGCUGAACUCGUUCAGCGUCGGUACUCGGAUGUCGUGAUUCAACAUGCGUGCCCGUAG